AAACAUUCCCUAAAACCUUCCCAAAUCCCCCUUCAAACAUUCAAAUAAGCAAAAGCAAAAAACACUAUUUUACUCUCAAAGUACACGUGUCAGAAACCCAAUCACUCUCCCCGACAAGAAAAUUAAAACAAAAAAUGUUUUUUAAUUAAUUUUAAACUCAUUGGAUAGAUAAUUUUUAUUGCUCAACUACUCUCUUUUUUGUUUCUUCCUCUUCAUGAUCAUCUAAAUAAGAGCAGCACGACUUGGCAUUGUAAUCGUGAGGUGAUGUAAAAAGAAAGAAGAAUCAAGCAGCAGUUGAGAGGUGUUUGUUUUGAGACCUAACUAGUGCCAUCUGGUGGUGCUUCUUCUGUGUGUGUUUUCUCUCUCUACAAACUAGAGAGAGAAACUAUCAAACAACAACCAAAAAAAAUAGAGGAGAUGGUGGUGCCAUCAACUGCAAGUAGUUCAAGAAGAUCAAGAUAUGAUUUCUCAGGAGAAUUAUUUUCAGAUUCAGUAAGUGAUUAUUAUGGAGGUGCAAUGUUGCCAAUGUUUUUACAAGACUUGGCAAGAAAUGAUCUAACAAAUGGUGAACAAGAUUUUGUGGAAAUCACAUUAGAACUCGAAGAUCAUCCCGAUGAUAGGCGACAUUCGGUUGUUAUUAAUGUUAAUACACCAAGGUCAAGAUCACAAAGGUCUGUUCAGCAAAAUGAGUCAUCAUCGGCUUCGUUUUUUUCAAGAAGUUUAUCAACUACAUCGAGAAUAAAGAAGAAAUUUGCAUGGUUGAAAUCACCUUCGAGUAGAACAUCCGUUGAUGUUGAAGCGGCACCGGUACCGUCGACGGGAUUGAGUAGUCGAGAUGCUCGGAGAAUAAAAGCUAAACUUGAUAGAAGUUUAUCAAGUGCACAACAAGCUUUGAAAGGGUUGAGAUUCAUUAACAAGAAUACUACUACAAGAAGACGAAAGACUUAUGAUCCUAAUGAACAUUGGUUAAAAGUUGAAUCAAGAUUUUUUAAACUUGCUAAAGAUGGUUUACUUUCUAAGGAUGAUUUUGGUGAAUGUAUAGGAAUGGUUGAUUCGAAAGAGUUUGCAGUAGGAAUUUUCGACGCGUUAGCCCGAAGGAGGCGUCAAAAUCUGGAGAAGAUUAAUAAAGAUGAACUUCAUGAGUUUUGGUUGCAAAUUUCAGAUCAAAGCUUUGAUGCUCGGCUUCAAAUAUUCUUUGACAUGGCUGAUAGUAAUGAAGAUGGGAGAAUUACAAGAGAGGAAGUAAGAGAGUUGAUAAUGUUGAGUGCUUCUGCAAACAAAUUAUCAAAGUUGAAAGAGCAAGCUGAAGAAUAUGCAUCGAUGAUCAUGGAAGAAUUGGAUCCAGAAGGUCUUGGAUACAUUGAGUUAUGGCAGCUGGAAACAUUACUCUUACAAAGAGACAACUACAUGAAUUACAGCAGACCAUUAGGCGUAUCCAGUGUAAAUAACUGGAACAACCACAACAACAGGGGUACCGGAGGGGGAACCGGGACACCGUCGGAGACAGCAACAUUAGUACCGAGACCACUACAUAAGUUUGUCAGAAAAGUAACCCAUAAAAUAAAGUAUUUGGUUCUUGAGAAUUGGCAAAGAGCAUGGAUAAUGAGUGUUUGGAUACUCAUAAUGGCUGGUCUAUUCGGAUGGAAAUUCUAUCAGUACAGACAUAGAGCUGCAUUUCAAGUCAUGGGGUAUUGUUUUGCUACUGCUAAAGGUGCUGCGGAGACAUUGAAGUUCAAUAUGGCUUUGAUUCUAUUGCCGGUUUGCCGGAAUAUGCUUACGUGGCUUCGUUCUACUCGUGCAAGAUUGUUUGUUCCCUUUGAUGACAACAUCAAUUUCCACAAGGUGGUUGCAUCAGCAAUAGCAGUAGGAAUAGUCGUACACACAGGGAACCAUUUAGUCUGUGACUUUCCACGUUUAGUGCACUCAUCGCAAACAAAGUUCGACCUAAUUGCAGCGGAAUUCAAACACGUAAAACCGACAUUCAAGUUCCUAUUCACUGGUAUAGAAUGUGUAACAGGUUUCACAAUGUUGGCUUUGAUGACCAUUGCUUUCGUACUUGCAACUAGCAAAUUCAGAAAGAAUCUAGUGAAAUUACCACCGCCACUGAACAGAAUGACUGGUUUCAACGCCUUUUGGUAUUCACAUCAUCUUUUCGCUAUUGUCUACAUCAUGCUUAUCAUUCACGGAGAAAGCACUUUCUUCGUUCAUGACUGGUACCAGAAAACGACAUGGAUGUACAUAUGCGUUCCAUUGUUACUCUACGCUGGAGAAAGAAGCUUAAGAACCAGAAGAUCAAGACAGUUCUCUGUGAAGAUUUUCAAGGUUUCAGUAUUACCAGGAAAUGUAUUCAGCUUAACUAUGUCUAAACCCCAAGGAUUUAAAUACAGAAGUGGCCAAUACAUAUUUCUGCAAUGCCCAACAAUCUCCUCGUUUGAAUGGCACCCAUAUUCAAUAACAUCAGCACCUGGAGAUGACUACUUGAGUGUACACAUAAGAACAGUAGGAGAUUGGACACAAGAGCUAAUGAGAGUAUUCACAGAAACUUGCAGUUCCCCGAAUCAUAUUGGGUUAGCAAAAUUUGGACAACCAGGAAGAAUUGAUCAAAGAGGUUUACCACGGUUGUCAGUCGAUGGACCCUAUGGAGCUCCAGCACAAGACUACCGAAACUAUGAUGUUUUACUACUUGUUGGGCUCGGGAUUGGAGCAACUCCUUUCAUAAGUAUCCUAAGAGAUCUUCUCAACAGCGUAAGAUUAGCGGAGGAUCAAACAGAUUCGUCGGUAACGGAUAUGAGUAGGUCAGAAGAUAAUAGUCUGAAUAGUAUAAAUUCUCAAAGAACAAUGUCAGCAGCAACAACAACAUCAAGCAUGAAGAAGAAACCGCAAAGAACUACUAGUGCUCACUUCUAUUGGGUGACUAGAGAACCUGGCUCUUUUGAAUGGUUUAAAGGUGUUAUGAAUGAAGUUGCUGAAAUGGAUCAAAAAGGAGUUAUAGAGAUGCACAAUUACUUAACAAGUGUCUAUGAAGAAGGUGAUGCAAGGUCUACUUUACUCACCAUGGUUCAGGCCCUAAACCAUGCUAAAAAUGGUGUUGACAUCUUAUCUGGAACCCGGGUAAGGACUCACUUUGCAAGACCAAACUGGAGAGAAGUUUUCACCAAGAUAGCUAAAAAGCAUCCACACUCUACAGUAGGUGUAUUCUACUGUGGAAUGCCAGUACUUGCAAAGGAAUUGAGGAAGUUAUCACUUGAGAAAAGCCAAACUACUACUACACGAUUUGAAUUCCACAAGGAGUAUUUUUGAAGCCCUGAAUUUCUACAGGUUCAUGGUUAUUACUAUUUUUUUGUAAUUAUUAAAGGGAAACAAUUGAAAAGAAAAAAAAGAAAUAUAAAUAUAAAUAUAAAUUUACAUAUUUUCCGUUAUAAUUUUUUAAUUUAGAUAACUUAUGUAUAAUGUAAAUAAGUUUUAGCAACAACCAAAAAAGAAAUGUCAUCUGAUGUUAGUGAUUAGAUAGAGGAACCUUAACUACUAUUGAUAAUGAAAGGUUGGCGCAAGUUGACAAAAUUGUUUAAACAUAUUCUAUUGUAAUUAAUGUAAUGCUAAAGGAUUCUGAUUCU